GAAAAAAAAAGUUACAGUCUUUGAUGUCAAGCUAACUGUUUCAGAACAACCCACUGUUUGCUUUUGCUUUGCUUUGCUUCAAUUCAUCUCAUGUCACCAAACCCUCCUUUUGGGUUUGGGGAUUCCUACCAACUAACAGUCUUUCGUUGCUUGCCUCUCAAUAUUUAUCCUCUCCUUUUUCUUGAUUGGUUCAAAGGAAUCAACUCUAUUCAUUGGAUUUGGUCAUUAAAUCUGGUGCUUUUUUCUAAUUGGGAUUUGGUUCGAGAAAUUUGGUGAACUUCUUUUUCAGGUUACGGUUUAUCCCCCUCUUCUGCUGCGAUUCCUCCCAUCUCCGAUGGAGCAUCUUCUGCAAACAUCUCACCUAUCCCAUCGUCUUCUCCAAGUGGGAAAAGUGUCAGCCCUCCACCGCCUGCAUUGCCGCCUCUAGAGUUAGACAAUGCACCUCAAAGACUGAGAGGUCCUGCAGCGCCAGUGUCACCAAGUAAUCCUACAAAAGUUUCACCUAAUGAUUUCAGUCCCCUACAUACCCCUCCUCCAAUGAAUUCUCCACCUCCGAUGAUUGGGCAAGACAUUGUCCCUUCUCCUCCUCCAAUGAGUUCUCAAGGCCCAGUCCAAGUCUCACCCCUUAGUGGUCCCCGGAGUGAGCUCCCAAGCACCAAACAUCCUGUUAUGGCCCCACAAUCCCCAGACGACGAGUCUCCUUUAAAGAAACCACCACCAAAUAGUCUUCUGCACGCACCAAUUGCUCCAGCACCGGUUGAGCCAACUUUAAGGGACUUGCCACCAACAAUGCCACCAAGACCCCAUGAAACUGGUUCUCCACAGAUUGCCCCUACAGCAGCAGCUGAGCCACCUUCAAAGAAAUCAUCACAAAAUUUACCAACUAGGCAACGAGUUGUGGUAAAAUCCUCACCACAACCAAGCCCUCGCGAGGAAGGACCACCAGACACAUCCAUUACUGUGCCAAUUGCUCCAGCAACCGUGCAGCCUCCUUUAGGUGAAUUGCCACAAAGUCCACCAACCAUGCAGCCAGUUGUGACGGGAUCCUUUCCGCCAAGUCCUUAUGGAAGGAGAGCACUGGACACUCCCCCUCCCGUGUCAGUCCCUCAAGUACCUGUCGAGGAACCUUUAAGGAGUUCUCCACCAGCUAUGCCACCAGUUGAGACAGGGCCCACAAGUCCUCGAGAAUAUGGAUCAACUAAUGCUCCCCAGCCAAUGCAUAUCGCUCCACGCACAAGUUCAACUGAACAAAACAGAAGACGGAAAGAUACACCAUUAGGUCACUCGGUCAAGCAUGCAGUAUCACCUUUUAUUCCAGUUGCUCCAGUUGCAUCACCCCCAAGCAAAGUUUUAGGGCACACUCAUCCCGUCCAUCAAAGGCUUCAUGAGGAGCCUCCUUCUAGCUCACCAGUUAAGCAGGAUGCAUCAACUCCAAGCAUCAAUGGAGAAAGAGUAGCCAGCCCUGUCGCUGCACCUCCUAAUAGAUUAGCUCAUCAUGACAUUAAUGCACAUACUUCUCCAGCAAAAGGUGAGUCACAUACUUGUGCAUUUCUUCAUGAAUGGAACAAUAUUUGAUGCUGAUAAAAUAUAGUUAUCAAUGUAAUUAACUUGUGUACUUUUCAUUCUAUUCUAGCUCCAUCUACACACAAAAACGUGAGGCACUCUCUGAGGCACCAUUUUGUAAAGGAGAACAUAACUGCUUCUCCAUUAUGGCAUUCAGUUCCUCCUCUUGCUUCAACUGUACUAGGUCUUUUAUGAUUGAUUAUAUGUAUGGAAUAAUGUCCCAAAUCAGAU